AUGGCGACCCCCGAAAAUCAAAGUCAAAGCCCGGUCAGAAAAACGAGGAGGCGUCAUCAAAAGUCGCGAAAUGGAUGCAUUGAGUGCAGGCGCCGAAGAGUCAAGUGCGAUGAGAUGAAACCAUCGUGCACGCGAUGUGUUUGGGCUCUCGACAAAUGUAUCUACCGGUCCCCGUUCCCCCAGCAAUCUGCUGAAAAGCACGAAAAGGAUCAACUAUCCCUCCCGACAUGGAGCUCGCUAUGCAGCGUUGUCUCACCAUCGCCAAGUGCUUCGUCACACUCGGAACGAUCGCCAUCGUUCGAGGCAUCAGCGAGCUCAACUCCAGCAUUUGUGGAAGCAAAAAACCGCGACUCCAAUGUUGCGGAUGGUCCUCAGGGGCUAUCCGACACGGACUUGUAUCACCACUAUCUGCAACAUACGAGUCGUACCUUGACUCUUUGCCCAGGCGACGAAAAUGCAUUGCAAAUUGGCAUGCCAACGCUGGCAUUGCAGAGCAAAACCGUCUUUCAUUCCAUUCUUGCCGUCUCUGCAGCCUGUCUGGGUUGGGAUAUGAUCUCCAAAAAACCUCCUCCCGAUAUAAGUGUAGUCAGUCAAGCCUUGAUGACUGGCUAUCGGCACUACAGUUUGGCGAGCGAACAAAUGAGAGAAUCAAUUUCAUGCCCAGGGGACUUGAAGCCAGAACCUCUUUUAGCGAGUACCUUGAUGCUCGUGCCGUUCGCUGCUGCAAGUCAGCAAAUCAAUCAUUGGAUCUCGAGCAAGAGUGGGACACCAGAGCCCCGUAGACUCCUCUCGACAACCCCGAGGGAUGUCAUCAUCAUGAUGCGAGGGAUACGAACGACACUUCAAACUCUGGACAGUGGCAACCUAAGCCCAAAUAUCAGACUGUCUCUAGAGCCGGAGUUUACGACCGAUAGUUCACCAAUGGUGUCGGACGCAAAUAUCGGGCCAGCAGCUAUCACCCCACCACGCACCCAUGUAAUGGUCCCAAUAGUCGCUGCCACCAGCCAUGGGGCUUUCUCCAAGCUUCAAACCCGCCUGGAGUCUGCUGUUCUUUACCACAGCGAUGGUCCCGACGGUCCUUUAUCCGCCUGCAGCGCCGCUUUCGAAAUCCUAAAGGACAUUAGAAACAAUGCUUUCUCUACAUCCAACUUACCACCAUCCUCAUCACCGAACAACCCGGUUGAGGACUCUUUUGAGCCAGAGACCGAGCCUGUGUCCCUAUCGCAAGUGGCUCCAUGGCUUCACUCCUUUGCAAGCCGAUCCGCGAUUCCGCUGCCAACGGAACCGCUGACACGGUACUUUCUCUCUUUCCUCAUCCAGGCUCCCCAGGCAUACCUCGACCUUGUCCUCCCCCUUCUUGACCAGCGGCUUGAAAGCCCUGUCGGCAAUACAUCCGAAAUAGCAGCGAAAUUAACGAGUGUUCAAGCACUUGCACUCAACAUUUACGCGCAUUGGUCGGUCCUUAUGUUUUUGGUGGAGGAGGAGUCAUGGUGGAUUGGGAAUCUGCCGACUGUGACGCUGUCCGGCAUGGUGAACAGGUAUGGCGACGAUUUUGUGACCACACUGUGGCCUGAUCCUGGACAGGAGCAGUGGUGGCCAGGGAGUAUGUUGAAUAUUUUACGAGAGAUCAAACGGCAUCGGUAGACAACGGGACUUUCCAUUUCUACGUAGGAAGUAGCAAAGAAGGUUCAUUCUGGAUCGGCGCGAUGGGUAUUUACACCUCACGCUAACGAAUAAUAAUUGUGAUCUAUUAUUCUUUGAGCUUCUAUGCAUGUUCCAUAGAGUAGCCAGAUUGGGCAGGUCAUUAAGGAAUAGACAAGCGUCAAUGUAAUGAUGACUUUGCUGCAUCAAAUCUUCUCAACAUCUCAACAAUUUAGUGAGUCCCGUGCCUCGAAUUCUAUAAGGUACUGUCAGACCUUGCCCUGACAUGGGUUUCUGAGAUCUCCGGUUUCCGAGUCGGUCCAAGGCAACAUUUUGGCUUUUUCGGUGGCAUUUCAACCAAACAGGAUUGCAAGGGAAGAAACGUCACCAACCUUACUAUACUCGAAGCAAACCCCCGCUGC